AAACUUUCCAAGCUCGAGUUUUUCAGUGUCGCUUCCAAUUCGUUAGAAGGCAUAGUCUCUGAGACUCACUUUUCUAAUCUCUCCAGUUUGAAGUAUUUGUUAUUUUCUUCAAACUCAUUAACUUUUAACUUCAGUUCUGAUUGGGUUCCUCCUUUCCAACUCGAUACUAUAAUGUUGUCAUCUUGUAAGCUAGGGCCUCAUUUUCCAAAAUGGCUUCAAACGCAAAAUAACCUCUCUGAGCUUGAUAUCUCAAGUAAUGGAAUUUCAGAUGUUGUUCCUAAUUGGUUAUGGGAUCUAUCCCCAGGUUUGAUUUCUUUAAAUCUCUCUAACAAUCUGAUCAAAGGCUUGUUACCUGAUCUCUCAUUGAAGUAUCGUGGCUAUCCUACUAUAGAUUUAAGUUCGAAUCAUUUCAUGGGUCCAAUACCACUAGUUCCUCCUAAUGUAACACUUUUGAAUCUCUCCAAAAAUAAGUUCUCAGGUUCACUUUCUUUCUUAUGUGCAAAUACGGGUAUGGAGCUCACCUAUCUUGACCUCUCAAAUAACUUACUAUCAGGAGAGCUUCCGAGCAGUUGGGUGCACCUCAAAGCACUAUCCAUCAUUAAUUUGGCAUACAAUAAUUUGUAUGGAAAAAUUCCGAGCUCAAUGGGUUCCCUAGGCCAGAUUCAAACUUUGCACUUGCGUAACAACAAUUUCUCUGGGGAAGUUCCUUCUUCACUAAAGAGAUGCACAAAGUUAAAGAUGAUUGAUUUGGGAGGAAAUAGAUUCACAGGAAAAGUACCAGUAUGGAUAGAGGCACACCUAACAAGUUUAAUUGUUCUGAGUCUACGAUCCAAUGAGUUUGAGGGAAGCAUCCCUCGACAUAUAUGUCAUCUUAACCAAAUUCAAAUUUUGGACUUCUCCCAAAAUCGUUUAUCAAGAAAGAUACCAAACUGUUUCGACAAUUUUACAGCCAUGGUGGAAAGUAAGAGUUCUAGUGCAACCCUUUCUUUUUAUUAUUUGACAUUUCUUGGCAAAGGUUAUCAAGGUGGCAGCUAUAUUGACAAUGCUUUGGUGCUGUGGAAAGGACAAGAAUCGGAAUACAGAACUACUUUGGGACUACUAAAAAGCAUUGAUCUUUCUAGCAAUAAACUUGCUGGGAAAAUUCCUAAACAAGUUGGGAGUCUUGUAGGGUUGGUUUCUUUGAACCUAUCACAAAACAGUUUAACAGGAAAUAUCAUCCAAGAAGUUGGUCAUAUGAAAUUGUUGGAUUCUCUUGACUUGUCUACAAAUGAGCUUUCUGGCACAAUUCCUACCAGCCUCGCUGAUCUAAAUUUUCUCAGUGUGUUGAAUUUAUCAAAUAACAGGUUGUCAGGAAAAAUCCCAAUAAGCACUCAAUUGCAAAGCUUUGAUUCCUCUGUAUACUCAGGAAACCCUGAACUUUGUGGGCUUCCACUUCCAAAUAAAUGUCCAGGAGAAGAAAUAGUUGUGGAACCUCCAGUUCUUGUUCAAGAAGAUGAUGACAAGUUUAUUACCACUGGAUUUUACAUUAGCAUGGGGCUAGGUUUCACCCUUGGAUUUUGGACAGUUUUUGGCACUAUGAUUUUUAACAAACCAUCUAGACAUGACUAUUUCGAGUUCUGGGACCGGAUAAAGAAUUGGUUUUAUGUUACAGGUGCACUGGGUAUGGCUAGACUGCAAAGGAGGCUUCAGAGGUAAACGGUCUAUGUUGCAAGCAAUCUUCAGCUCAUUGGUCUCAAGAUCUAUCUAUAUGAAGUCAUUCACUCCUACAAUAAUUUUGCAAAUCUUGUAAUAACAGUGAUGAUGAUGUGCUAUGCCAUUGCAAACCUAACAAAAGCAUUAAGGAAGUUAGGCCACGCCUAAGAGACACACGAGCAGCGAGUUUAGAGCAUACGGAGCUAUCAGCACCAACUGUUACUAGGCCCUCUAUGUAUUUGUUGAAAUGAUGAAAUAACUUCAUAAAUAUUUAUUUUCAUCGGUAAUUGUAUUGUGGAUUGUGUGUUCGGAUGGAUUGCAAUAUGUUUUUUGCUAUGAAAUGUUUGUUUUAUUACAAGGCUAGUUAAUUUUGUAAAUUAUUGAGCAUGACUAUAUACUCAUGACCUGCUUGUUGUAUGAAAAUAUAGCUUCUAUUUGGAGGAAUUUAUUCUACUUU